GUUAAAUUACUAUUAUCCAUCCACUUAGAUGGUACUUCUCAAGGUCUUCCUGAAUAUUUGACGGUUAUUGGUCGAAACCAGACUCCCGCAGCCACUGGGAAAGUAGCUGCCGGGCAAUCACAACAGCUCGACAUCACUCGACUUGAUCUUAAUACAUUGAUGGGUCGCAAGCGUCUUGCCGCCUUCCUAUUCAUGGGGUCAGGUGGUGGGGGGAGUGCAGCUAGUGGCGGAGCAGGCAGCAAUGUCCCCUCUUCACGUUCUGCCGAGGACACCCUUGACACAAACAAUGGUAGUGGUGGGGUCAGCAGCAGUGUCACGGCUUUCAUGCAUAACACUGUCAAUCUAGCCAGGACCCGUCUCUUUGAAGCCACUCCUACCACAGGGUCGCGAAACCCCACGGUUCUUAGUAGCCCUGGAACUGCUGGUCUUUCUGGAUCUACUGUAGGUUCCUCUGGAGGCCCUCUGGUGUCGGUAUCAAAUAAUACAUCAAUAUGUACUAGUGCAGCUGCGAAUAUCGGGAACACCACCGGAAUGCUUGGCUCUGGAAAUUCCAGAGGCACUGGCACCUCUUUGAAUACUUUAGAAAGUGUUCCGCAAGCUGGAUCGCUGGCAGCUGGUUCUGGCCUUUUCUCCUUCUCUUCUACAUCACAUGCUCUUAGUGUAAACAGCUACAUGCGAGAGAACAGAAUGCUUGUAAGGCGUUUUUAA